AUGGCCACCAUUACAGCCGAUCCUGCUGCAGAUGGCAAGUCAAACAUCAUAAAAACUCCUGCGCAGUUGAUGAAAGAACAGCAUGAGGCUGCGGAGGUCCAUCGGGUCACUGUUGAAGACGUCCCAGACGAAGAUGACCUUCAGCACCCUCCACCUCCCCAUGAACAUGUGGAAAAGGCGAAGCACACUACAAGUACAACUAACGGCACGACCGAUCCUCCAUUGUCAGAAAAGGCCGCAGGCAAGCAGAAGGCUACCGACAAACCCACCGUUCUGGACACUCAAUCCGACGAAGCUUUCCCUGCCUUGGGAGCUGCGACGAAACCGACUGCAGUCCCGGCAGCUCGUGCUCCGGGUUGGGUUGCCAGUGCCUCCGCAAAGGCUCCUCCGACAAAUGGCUCACCAGCCCUUGGACCACGACCAACUUCGUCUGGGGCGGGCACUCCCAUCUCACCUCCAGGCGCCAGAACCCCGGUCACCACCGCACCGGGUGCUCGUGGCAAUGUCUUGCUCCCAGGCAGAUAUCGCGACUCCUUUGAGAUUGACAAUGCCGAUCUCGACAAGAGCAAACCGGUAAAACGCAUCCUAGACGAUGUGAAGAAGAAGUUCAACGUCAUCGUCACACCCAAAUCGACCAAUUUCGCAACCCGGACCGAAUUCAUUGCAGAAGGCCCCAAGGCCCGUGUGACCGAGGCCUUGAUGUACGUGUCGAAGGAGUUGACACUGGAGAAACAAGUCAAACUCGAGAUCCCCUCGGCGGUGUCGGCACAAAUCAUCGGCAAGGGAGGCGCAAACAUCAAGAAGCUUGAGAACCAGUUUAACGUGAAGAUCCGCAUCGAGCGAGACACAAGACCAGUGGCCAGCCCUGAAGAGGUGAGAACCGAUGUUGUCGAGAUUCGCGGCAAUGCUGCCCAAGUACGACAAGUCUACGAACAAAUCUCCAACCAGGUCAAAGCUCUUCAGCCAAAGGUCGACCUUCCAGUGCGAGGAAUCCCUCCGGAAUUCUACCCAUUUAUCGCUGGGCAGCAUGCAGACCGUCUCCGACAAUUGGAGCAAGAGCGUGAUCUCCAUAUCAACGUGCCACCAUAUUACACCUGGCAACAACAACCACCAUCGCGGCCCGCCGAGGACAACCACGGCCCCGCAUUCGUCCCUCACGGAGAUAGUCAUAUUGUUAUUUCUGGGGAACAAGCUGCCGCCGUGGAAGCCCGUGCUUUGCUCGAGCAAUUGGCGGAAGAGCUACAGAAAGAACUCAUGCUCGAAGAAGUCGCAGCGGAACAGAUUCUCCACCCUUACAUCGUGGGCGACCGUGGGAUGGAUCCGCUGAAGUUUUUGGAGGAGACUGGCUGCGUGGUCAUUCUGCCUCCUCCGCAGCAUGAGACUGAGGAUAUUCACAUCAUUGGGCCGAAGGACAAGCUCAGUGCUGGCCGCAACCUAGCAGAGGAAUUGAUGUCCAGAAAGCACAACCGCGCAGUCGACAUGCACAAGCAUUUUCAAGACGCUCCACAGGGCCCCGAACGACAUUCCAGAGCACUUGCUCAGUACUUGCAGCAGAAGGCCAUUGAGCGCGAAUUCAUGAAUUCCCACGGCGCGGAAAUCGUCUUCCCCCAAAGCUCGAGUGCUUCGCCAAGCUGGAGUGUCAUUAGCAAUGACCCCCAGAAGGCCCUUUCCGCCCGCAAUGAGCUGUCCAAGAUCGCGCAGGCGUACCCAUCGGCGAGACUGCAGCUUGUUGAGGUGGAUCCAUUCUUCCAUCCCCACCUCCAACAAAUGCAAGGAUCGCGCCUGAAGGAUGAUUAUGGAGUCCACAUGAUUGUUCCCCAAGACGGCUCCGAUCCAGUCGUUCUGGUUUAUGAAGGCCCUUCUCAAAGCGAGGCUUCUCAAAGCGAGGCUUCCUCGAUCCCACGAACAAAACCCACCAAAGCCGAUAUUGCUAACUUCGAGAAGGCUUUGCAACAGGCUCAAGCACAAUUGUUGAGCAACAUCCCACAUCAAGGUAUAUCAGUGCAGGACGUUCAUGUUCCCAAAAAGUUCCAGGACAAGGUUCGGAGGUUUGUGAAGAACGAACCCCAACCCUCUCCUCCAGAAGCCUUCCCAGUGCAAGUCGAGUUUGGUGUCCCUAGAGACCAGAAGCAGUCCAAUGGUGUCUCGCGAGGCUCCCCGUCCGAGCGGUUAUAUUUGAGAGGACCAAGCGAGGCGGAUGUUGCAGACCUUCGCAGCAAGAUCGAAGCUUUCUUAAAAGAGGCCGAGCAGGACGAGAGGGAGCGCGGUUACACCACGACCUUGGCAUUCCCGGCUCAAUUCAACAAGAAUCUGAUCGGAAAACAAGGUGCAAACAUCAAAGCCCUUCAGGAAAAGCAUGACGUGGAUAUUAACACUCGCGAGCCUGGCAAAAUCACCAUUCAAGGGCCGCAGAAGAAGGCCGAGGCUUGUAAAGCUGAGAUCCAGCGACUGGCCAAGCAGUGGGAAGACGAGGUCAGCUUUGCCAUCAAGAUCGAUCCCAAGUAUCACGGCAUGCUGGUGGGCAAGAGCGGAGAGAAUCUGCAAAAGAUCCAAAGCAAGGUGGACAAUGCCGUGCGGAUUGACUUCCCCAAAGCCACCAGAGUCAGUGACGACGCUUCCGUGGCAGAUAAUGCCAGCGAGGCUGGUGGUAAUAAAAGUCAUGCCCACGAUGAGAUCAGAAUCCGAGGACCCCGGGCAAAGGCCGAAAAGGUGCGCGACGAGCUGCUGAGUUUGUACCAAUACUUGGUCGACAAUUCCCAUACGGCAACCGUGUCGGUGGCGCAGGGGCAGAUUGCUUCCCUCAUCGGCAAACGUGGUCAGGAGAUGGAGAAGUUGAGGGCCGACACAGGAGCUCAGAUUGACAUUCCCAAACCUGAUGGCUCGGACCGUGUCACCAUUCAGAUCAGAGGUACCAAACAACAAGUGGAUAAGGCCAAACAGGAGCUUGAGAAGCGAUCCAAAGCUUUUGACGACAUUGUCACCCGGAACCUGAACGUCGACAGAAGACAUCACCGUGCUCUGAUUGGUGCUGGCGGGUCCAACAUCCAGAGUAUCGUGGCCAAAGCUGGUGGUACAAACACAAGUGCGGAACAUGUUCGUUUCCCUCGUCCCGGAGAGGAAUCCGAAACUCUCGUUGUCAAGGGAACCGCCGAUGUGGUUGACCAAAUCGUGGCAGCAAUUCAAAGCUUUGUGGACGAGAAGGAAAACCAGACUACGGAGACAGUUGAUGUCCCCGUCACGCAGCACCGAGAAUUGAUCGGACCCAACGGAAGUAGCCGGAAGAAGUUGGAAGCAGAGUUUGGGGUGACCAUCAACGUACCUCGUCAAGGAAGUGGUGACACGGGGGUCAAGGUUACUGGUCGACCAGAGAACGUCCAAAAGGCCAAGGAACAUUUCCGAAAGAUGACCAGCCGGCCACAAGGCGAGACCAUCAUGGUCCCGCGGUCGUUGCAUCACGUCAUUUCUAGAAAUGGUGCUCUCUUCCGCGAGUUGUCCAGAGACGGCGUUCGCGUCGACCAUAACGGACAGAAGCCGCCGCCAAAAGGCAAGGCCGGUGCCCGCGGGCCUAAGGCACCCAACACCAAUGGCAGCCUGCCCCUGAUCACUGACCAGCCGGGAGAGGAGUCCUAUUCUUGGGAUAUUGUGUCGAACCAAGACGUCUUGGAUGGUGAGGCAGGAGAGAUCCCGUGGGUGAUUCUGCCUGGCAAAGAUGCUUCGGAAGAAACGGUGGCGAAGAUCAAACAGAAGAUCCAGUCAUUGAUGGAAAGGGCGAAAGAGCCUCAACACACCGGGUAUCUGGUUCUCCCGGACCCCCGACUGCAUCGCCACAUUAUUGGACAAGGUGGACACACCAUCAACGCCAUUCGCAAGGCAUCUGGCUGUGACAUUCAAGUUCCAAACAAGAAUUCCAACCGAGGAGGAGCAGAUGAAGGAGAUGCCAUUACUAUUGUGGGCAAGAAGGAGGGUGUAGAGUCGGCCCGCGAUUUGAUCCUAGAGGAGAUCAAGCGUGCUGAAGCAGGAAGAAGCACUCCACGAGGUCGGCCAUAA